AAGUAACCUCCAACCGACCGGCUUAACAGAAACAGCUCACUGAGUCGACUCGCCACCCAACUCACUCACUCACUCGCCCCCUUAUAUAUACUCACACGCCCCUCAGUCACUCACUCAACACUUCGCAUAGAUCUGUAUACAGAAGCAGAGAGAUCUGAAUACCAAAAUUCAUCAAAAUUCAUAAGUAGAACUCGAAAGAAGAAGAAGAAGAAGAAGAGACAAUUCUCUUAUGAUGAGGGAACCAGUGUCGGACUCCAAUCCGACGUCGUCUCCUCCGCCACAAGCUCUGCUCGAGAGGCUCAAGGAUUACGGUCAGGAAGACGUGUUUGCCCUCUGGGAUGAGCUCUCCUCCGAGGAACGCGACAUCCUUGUCAAGGAUAUUGAGAAUCUAGAUCUCUCGAGGAUUGAUCGAAUCAUUCGAUGCUCGUUUAACUCUCAAGGGGUUCCCGCAGCGGCAAUAGAGCCGGUGCCCGAGAGCAUUGUAUCAACAGUGGAGGAGCGGACGAUGGAAGAUAGAGAAAGGUGGUGGAAGAUGGGAAUGAAAGCCGUUUCAGAAGGGAAAUUAGCCGUGUUGCUCUUAUCUGGUGGCCAGGGAACUAGGCUUGGAAGUUCAGAUCCAAAAGGAUGCUUUAACAUUGGACUUCCAUCUGGAAAGUCACUUUUCCAACUUCAAGCUGAGCGGAUUUUAUGUGUGCAAAGAUUGGCUUCUCAAUCUAUAAACGAGGGUUCUAAAACCGUGCCGCCUAUACAUUGGUACAUAAUGACUAGCCCCUUCACUGAUGAAGUCACACGCAAGUACUUUGAGAGUCAUAAAUAUUUUGGCCUCGAAGCUGAUCAGGUUACCUUUUUUCAGCAAGGCACAAUACCCUGUGUUUCAAAAGAGGGCAGAUUUGUCAUGGAGACACCAUACAGAGUUGCAAAGUCUCCAGAUGGAAAUGGAGGAGUUUAUUCAGCGUUGAAAUUCUCAAGAUUGUUGGAGGAUAUGGCAACGAGAGGUAUUAAAUACAUAGAUUGUUAUGGGGUCGACAACGCUUUGGUUCGAGUGGCUGAUCCUACUUUCUUGGGUUACUUCAUUGAUAAAGGUGUAAGCGCUGCUGCAAAAGUUGUCCGAAAGGCUUACCCACAAGAAAAGGUUGGUGUUUUCGUUCGGCGAGGCAAGGGUGGGCCUCUGUCUGUGGUCGAAUACAGUGAGUUGGACCCAUCUUUGUCUAGUGCUAUAAACCAGCAAACUGGUCGUCUGCGAUUUUGUUGGAGCAACGUUUGCCUACAUAUGUUUACUUUAGAUUUUCUGAACCAAGUGGCAAAUGGUUUGGAGAAAGACAGCAUCUAUCACCUUGCAGAGAAAAAAAUUCCAUCAGCUCAUGGGCAUACCUUGGGAUACAAACUUGAGCAGUUCAUCUUUGAUGCAUUUCCAUAUGCACCUUCUACAGCCCUUUUUGAGGUAUUACGUGAAGAAGAAUUUGCACCAGUCAAAAACGCCAAUGGAUCAAAUUUUGACACUCCAGACAGUGCUAGACUGCUUCUUCUUCGUCUCCAUGCCCGAUGGGUUGUUGCAGCUGGAGGUUUCUUGACUCAUUCAGUGCCUUUAUAUGCAACUGGUGUGGAAGUUUCACCCCUUUGUUCAUAUGCUGGUGAGAACCUGGAAUCUAUUUGCCGCGGAAGGACUUUUCAUGCGCCCUGUGAAAUCUCAUUUUAAUUUGACGUUAUACAACAUAUUUGAUUGAACAUUCUUUUCCCUUUGCCUUCUUUUUCCCUUUUCCUUUGUCAAUUUCAAAUCCAUGUUCACGAGGAUGAGGCUUGUAAUCCAAAACUACAUAUUUGAGAUGCAGAUUAGUUAAAAUUGACACGAAAGAAAGCUUUUGCCUUGUAAUGUGCAUAAUAAGGUGUCAUAUGUAAACUGUCGCUUUUGCGGUGGCUGAGAAGUAAUCUAUUACAUUGGAGGAAUGAUUUGAAGUUGAUGAUGAUUCAGAAUUGUCCAA